GGUUAGCUAGCUCGAUUAGCUUGUCAACUCUUUUUCGUUUCGGUAAAAAAGUUUAUACUGGCUGUCAGAAAAGUUAUUAUCCUCGAGUUACAUUUAAUUGAGAAUUUGAAUUUAUUCAUCACUAGCUCAAUACCUUAAUAUGGUGAUUAUUAAUUCCUUUAAACACCCCGAGUCUCCUAUUAGGUAUCAACAGGAAGAUGUUCAAGUCUACUUGGACAAGAAAGAUUUGGGCCUGGGAACUUUAUUUGUUAGUGAAAGUACUUUAUGCUGGCAACAAGAAGAGAACAAUGGGUUUGCUAUUGAAUAUUCAAGUAUUUCCUUACAUGCUAUAUCUAAAGAUUUAAAUAUCCAUUCUACAGAAUGUGUAUACCUUGUGACAGAUGGACAUAUUACUAUGCCAGGUGACAGCCCACCUGUAAUUAAUGAAGAUGAUGAUAGUGAUGCAGAGUCCACUGAAGAUAUUUCUGAAAUAUUGUUUGUACCAAGAAAUACAGAAUCAAUUCCACAAAUUUAUGAAGCAAUUAAAGUUUGUCAAGAAUUGAAUCCGGAUCCCAUGGAUGAAGUAGGCGAAGAUGAGUUGAGUGAUGAUAACGAUGACAACUUAUAUGAAGAUGCUGAAGAUGAUCUGGAAGGAGAAUAUAAUAUUGGUGAAAGAGGGGGAGGUGAUGCAGAUGUAGAUGAUCUUUCUAGAAGAAUCCUGAGAAACAAUCUCAACAUUCAAAUAAAUUAUACAAACGGCACAACUGAAGAAGAUGACUUUCAAGAUGCCGACUGAAUAUUACAAUAAGCCGUUUUAUACUUUUCUAAUUUGUUUAGAGUUAGUUGUUUUUUUAUUUUUUUGUUAUUUACUCCAACAUCCUAUGGAUGCAUAAGGAGAUAUCAAGAGAAAACUAAUUUAAAAUAAAUUCAGUUUUUGUGCUAA